CAGACUGGCUGUAUAAGAGCGUCUUGCUGCUGCAGGUAGGAAGACAGAAGACAGACAGAACAGUGGGAGCAACAGCUGCAUCCUCCAGACUUCACCAUGCGGUUCAGCGCGACUCUCUGCCUGCUCGUCCUCUCGUGUCUCUGCCUGGCACUGGCACAAGUGUCCUACCCUGACUGCUGCCUGAAAUACGUGACAAAGAUGUCCCACCGGAUCAAGAAGCACGCUGUCGACUACACAGACCAGAGGCUGACCGGAGAAUGCAACAUCGCCGCUGUCAUCUUCACCAUGAGGAGGGGCCGCAAGGUCUGCACCGACCCCCGAGAACAGUGGGUACAGAAGCUGAAGAAGAAGAUCGACGACUGGAAGGAAAGAAAUUCCAGACACGGGAAGAAUUAACUGUCGUAAACUGGGAGUGAGGCUUCCGCAACUCUUCCCUCCGUCCCCUGCAAUCUUAUCAAGAAGAAGAUUUAUGGCUGCUUUAUGCUGUCUUACAGGAAAGCAAGCGAAUUCUACCAUCGAGGCAGCUUUGCAGCGAUACUUUUGCUUUCUCUCUCGACUGACUUGAGGGUCCGACGCUCGUGUGCAGCGUUGCACCAGGAAGCAUUUUGGUUUUUCAGGCUUGGACCCUCGAAGCUGAGUGGCGACCGCACACAGAAACCCUUCAGUGUGCUUUGAUGAAAGUGUCUUCUUGCCUUCACUGAGCUGUUUAACCGUGUAAUAGGUAAUGGAGUGUAUAAUAUAACCUCUACAUGUAGCAUUUGGAAAAGUUAUUUCUUCUGAGAAUUUUUCUGUAAAGUGUAAAAGUUUUAGUUUUCAUGUAAAUAGCAAAGAAAAAACCGGUGAUUUCUGAAAUCUCUGAGAAAGCUGAUCUUUGCUUACAUUAGAGGGUUUAUCAACAUACAUUUGUGUUAAUAAAAAAAUUUCAACUUUG